AUGGGUAAGAUUACAAGAAGGACUAGAGAGGCGAAGAAGAAGGAAAGGCAGCCUAUUGUUAAGGUUAGCCUGAAAUAUCCCAUUGUUCCUCAGGUUGAAGAAGGGGAGGUGAUUGAUAUAGUUCAUGAAAGAAGUAGGGGGGCACCUGUGGCCAUAAUAAGCUUCAAGGAACUUGACUGUAUGGUUCCUGCUUCUGAGGGGAUAUACACAGGGAAAAAGGUUCUUAUUGGAGACGACGCUCCUAUUGACAUAGGAAACAUUACAAAAAUCAAGAAUGUUCCCGAGGGGAUGGCUGUCAACUCUGUUGAGGUGGUCUACGGAGAUGGAGGCUGUAUUUCCAUGACAAAUGGAAGUUAUUCUCUUGUGGUAAACCACAGAAAGGAAACUAAUGAGACGGUGAUUAAGAUACCGUCUGGGAAGAAGAUAACCGUAAACAGUGAGUGCAGAUGUAUUGUAGGAGUUGUUGCAGGAGGAGGUAUCCAUGACAAACCUCUUCUUAAGGCGUCUGUGGCCCACUACAGGGCAAAGGCCCGUGGACAUAUCUUCCCAAGGGUUAGAGGAGUGGCAAUGAAUCCUGUCGAGCACAUCCAUGGGGGAGGUAAUCAUCAGCAUGUUGGUAAGCCUACUACUGUCUCGAACAAGGACAUUUCUCAGGAACAGAAGAUCGGUCUUGUUGGGGCUAGACGUACCGGAUAUAGGGUUGGGUCCAGGAAGGUUUAG